AUGCAGCCAAAUGAGACUAUACAAAAUUAAAUUGAAGCUACAUUUAAAGAUAUAAAUCAACAAUUUGAAGUGAAUUAUCAUUUUUUCUAGAUGUAUUUAGUCGUCCACAAUAACUACAUAAAAUUGUAUUGAUGAAAUCAGUCAAUAAAAUCAAAUUAUUUUAGGAUUAAAUAAAUUACCUGAUUCAUUAUUUAAGGAUUUACCUAAACUUCCAAAUAUCGAAUUAUCAGCUCAAUUUUCUUUAUUAUAAAGUGAUAUAGUUGAGGUAAUCAAGAAUAAUGCACAUUUAUUAGAAAAAGCAAUAAAUAAAUGA